GCAAGCCCCCUCAUAGCCAUUUUGGCUCAAGCCAGUUUGGCUCAAGCCAUUUUAGUAUCAAGGUCGCCGGCAUCCUUGAUGUGCCCGUCGAUCUCACCGCUUGUCGCCAUCAGACUGUAAGUGUGGGAGAUGGCUGGGGAGCAGGCCGCCGCUGGAUGUCCGCUUCUGUCAGUGGCUGCCUCAGAUCACUCGAUGGAGUCAGAGGCAAUGGUGCGCAGGGACAGGAAGGAGGAGAAGGACACCGACACCAUCCCCGAUGGCCCAGAACCAAAACUGGCUCACCGCGUUGGCGCGCUCAUGGCGACUGCUGUGGCUCUCUUUGCCCUUAGCGCCUUCGGUGUAUGGUUAGUCUCUGGUCCAGGCGCUGGCGCCGACACCAACGCCGAAGCCAGCACCGACAGCUCCCUAGAAAGAAGUGCCAUGGUUCGUGUCUCCCAGCGUGAUGGCUCGACAGGAUCACACUUUGACGACCGUGUUGACGGCAGCACCAAGCGCGUUAGCGAGACGGCGAGCGAUGGCCCCGGCGCUGCUGGAGGCAGCAGUGCUUGCGACGAUCCGCCAUGCACCUCACAGAGCUGGAAUGUAUGGCGCAACUUGCAGAAAGAACUCGACAGUGCCUACCUUGCCAUGCCCUGGGUCACGUCCACGACGACAACUAUCUCAACCACGACCACGACCACGACAACGACAACUUGGUGCAUGGAUGCCAUCGAGGGAGAUGCCUGCUACAAGGAAGUUGUCGAGGCGAUGCAUGCGAUCCAUGCCGACCCGAACUCAUUCGAUGGCUUGAAUGUGUGGUCUUCUUUCGAAGAGGUGCAGGAUUAUCUGUACCACCAGAGCUUCGGUGCGAUCGGCAACGAGAGCGGCGGAUCCAACGCGACUGCUUGUUGGAAGAGUUGCCCAUGCCAGACGGCGAGGGCUGGCACAGAAUGCUUCGACCAGGUCACUUGGUUUGCGAAUGAGCUGUACGCCAAGGACCCGGACACCUUCCCGACCUUGACCGAGUUCAGUCCUCUCGAGCAUUUCCAAAUGCAUCUUUGGAAUAGCACGACAAACAUUAACAACCAGACUGUAUGUUCGAAGCCGUGCAUGGUAUCUUGGCAAACCGACACGCCACUUUUCUGUUGGUCCGUCUCCCGCAGGUGGGAAUACGAAGCUGACAUCAUGAGGUCCCAACUCUCCAACGGCGCAGGCAUCUUCGCGUGCGACGGCUUCGCGGUAUUGAGCGAAGAGAACUGGACCGUUGGCCGCGGCCCCGGCGAGCGCAUCGGAGAGGUAAACACGGUGGUCUUCGAGGGCGCGCCGGUGGGCCAGUCGAAAGACGGCACUGCUGGGAAUGCGGAGUUGUUCAUGCACGCCUGGGAUGCCCUGAUGACGAAGACUUUUGCUCUGCAGUACGACUUCGUGGUGAAGGUUGACCCCGAUGCUGUCAUCGUUGCGGACAGGCUCAGAGACCAUCUGAGGCCAUACGUUUGGCAGCCCGCCUAUUUCAGGAAUUGCAACGCCUGGCCAGGCGACUCAGACUUUCCCAUGAUGUUCGGUGCUCUGGAAGCGAUUUCGAAAGAGGGGCUCAAGAUGUACAGAGACAACAUGUGGCGCUGCCAGACAGACUUCGACUCUUGGUGGCGGUCAUGGGGCGAAGACCUCUUUAUGCACAAAUGCCUGCGGCAUCUCGGCGUCGGCCCAAAAGAUGACUUCAGCCUUAUCGGCGAUGGUCUGUGCAAAAAGGACAACAAUUGUGCCAACUCGGGGUUCGCGGCCUUCCACCCUUUCAAGUGGGCGGAUGGGUGGAUGAAUUGCUGGUGGACGGCAACUUCUCAGGGCGUGCCGAAGCCAGGGCUGCCAGAGCUCUGAGGAGCAUGUGGUUUGCACACGUGGGUGUCCCACGAAUUCGUGUGCUCGAGUGAUUGGGUCACACUAGAUCCGCCCAAGGUGCAGCUUUUCCAAUGUUUGACCCUGGGCGGCUUAAAAUUCGGUGUUCCUUUUGGAAUGGAGGCGCAGUGGCCUGCGAUGCUAAUGACACGUGCGUUCGCAGCUCGACUUGAACCCAGGUGCACAGGCAGCUCGGUGAACGCAGUCAAUUUCACUCAUCUUCUCCCUCGUAGUCCAGCUGCCUCGCGGCACAUGGCCUCGCUGCGCUGGCCGGCAGAGCUACACACCGUAAUUCUACGGGACCCUGGGGCACAGAAGCUGCCGCCAGAACCUUCCCAGGGCCGGUUCUUAAAUCAGCACGUGUUGUUCGGGUAUCCUCCUCCUCUUCUUUCUUUGGAACGCUUUCGAGGCAGAGCGGUAGGGUGGCAGGACGGACGGACCCUGUCACGCCGCGGGCCCCAGUGACCAUGCGACCCAUGGAACAAAUAAAUAAAUCAAUGACCAUGAAAGCCCCCAAGAGGGUUCCAACACGUCACUCUGAGAAGCCCCAAGCCGCAUCUCCAGCAUUCGUCCGUCAAGAUGCACAAAGAUUGCCGAAGGACGGCUGGAGGUGGCUCGAAAGCUCGUCAGUAAUGAAGGCAGCGUCAUCGCACUUGAGGCCCUGCCGGUGCGACCAGGAGGAGUUUCUGCACGUGCUCCGCCAGCUGGAGUGGCAGCGCGUGCAUUCCAUUUCAACGCAGGUUUUGUCCCGUCCUCCAUCAUUCCUCGCCCCUCCCGCACGUGCUCGGCCAGACAGGCCAAGAACAUGUGACGACAUCCAACGGCCAGCAAACUACGGCCUCGACAUUUUAUCAGAAAGCUAGUCAAUGUCCCAAGGCUGUUCAGCGAUCCUCCCGACUAACCCGCAGGCCGAGACUCGUGUGUCGCGACAACGAUC